AUGUCUGAUGACACCUUUCCCACGGCUGCUCCCGGGACAGUACCUUCUUCGCGGUUUCUUUCCGUGGGCGGAGUAGUCAAUUUCCGUGAACUGGGCGGUUACCCUUGCAGUGCUCUCCCUCCUGCCUCAAACGGCUCACCGGACAACGCGUCGGAUUCGACACCUCGGGGUAGCCACUCGUGCAUCCGGCCUGGAUUUCUCUUUCGAUCGGCUCAGCCGUCCCAGGUUACCCCAGCCGGUAUCGAGACACUAGUACACGAACUUCGCAUCCGGGCGAUUUUUGACUUUCGCUCACAGACCGAAAUUCAGCUUGUCACCACUCGCUAUCCUGAUUCGCUACUCGAGAUACCUGGUACGACUCGCUAUUCCGUGCCGGUCUUCUCGGAGGGUGAUUAUUCCCCGGCGUCAUUAGUCAAGAAGUACGGAGUGUCCUCCGAUACUGCCGUGGAUUCCAUUUCCUCCACAAACGCCAAGCCUACAGGAUUCGUCCACGCGUAUGAGGCCAUCGCACGCAGUGCUGCAGGAAACGGUAGUUUUCGUAAGAUAACGGACCACAUAAUACAACAUCCGGACCGGCCAAUCCUAUUUCACUGCACACUGGGAAAAGACCGAACCGGUGUAUUUGCAGCAUUGCUAUUGAGUCUUUGCGGGGUACCAAACGAGACUAUAGUUGAAGACUAUGCUAUGACUACUGAGGGCUUCGGGGCCUGGCGAGAACACCUAGUCCAACGCUUGUUGCAAAGAAAGGAUGCAGCUACACGUGAAGAGGCAGAAUCCAUUAUUGCCAGCCACCCGGAGACUAUGAAGGCUUUUCUUGAAGAUGUGGUAGCGGCGAAGUUUGGGAGUGCUCGAAAUUAUUUUGUCCAGCAAUGUGGAUUAACGCAAGCAGACGUUGAUAAAUUAAUUCAUACAUUGGUCUUUACGAAUUGA